AUGUCCGAUCGCACUGAGGCGAAACGUUCCGUAAAACGGGAGCGUCGAUUCGAAGACAAUUCCGACGAGAGCCGAAUGGACGUAGCCCAGAUAAAACACAUAUCCGAUAGCCUCACCCUGAAAUGCGCAUUCAACACGAUCAAAACUGCCGAUCAUCAGUACGCGCGUAAGAUUGCAGAGCGAAAAGCGAUCGAGACUGCAGACACACUGGCCGCACUAGAGCUGGAUGCCAAAUUUUCCACAUCUUGUGUUCACACACAGUAUAAAAUGCUGCAACGAUUGUUCCUUCUACGUAUCAACGAGAGUCGUGAUACCCUAACACGCCUGACUCGUGAAUUACAAACAGUUCGUGCGGAAUCGAAGGAAGCUAUCAGUAUUCGUGAUCGUCAACUGGCUGAACGUGAUGCUCGAAUCGAACAGCUAGAAACGCAUCUGAAAUCUAUGCACUAUCAAAUGAGUGGAGUGUUCUUCGAUUUGUUAAGUCGUCUGGAAGUCAGUGUGACCGAGUCAAUGACCACGGCGAAACAGUCAGCGGACAAGUUUCAUAAACAGGCCAAGCGAGAGCUGUUAAACCUGGGUCUUGAUAUGAGUCUGAUCUGA